AUGGCACCCACUGCAAGCUCCACCUCGGCCGUGCCAUCGACAUCGGCCAAGGCGCUGCUUGAUCCUGCUGAUGCGCUGGGCACCCUCGCGUCUUACAAGACUGGCGAUGGCUUGAGCAUGGAUGAACUCAUCGACAGCCGUCAGCACGGCGGCUUGACUUACAAUGGUGAGCAGCGAUCGACUCUUCUCAUAUCCACGUCUCAAAAACCUCGACUGAGAUCUCAACACACGCGCCUGUCCAAUCUCUAGACUUUUUGGUGUUGCCAGGUUACAUUGACUUUCCAGCCUCUGCUGCAUCGCUCAAGACCAAAGUGACUCGAAACGUGACCCUGAACACUCCAUUUCUCUCUUCUCCGAUGGACACGGUGACAGAGACGGACAUGGCCAUCGCCAUGGGUCUAAUGGGAGGUAUGGGAGUCAUUCACAACAAUCUCUCGGCAGAGGAACAAGCUGAAAUGGUUCGAAAAGUCAAAAUGUACGAGAAUGGAUUCAUCACAGAACCGCUCUGUCUCUCUCCGAACGCUAAAGUCGGAGAUGUGCUGGAUAUCAAGCAGCGCUUGGGCUUUGGCGGUGUACCGAUCACUGGUGAGUCAGCUGCUUUCUUGCUCAGUACGUCCCUUGGGCUACUUGCUCGCUGUUCUAGCACCAAGCGCCAAGCGCUGAGCGGCUUUCCGUGAUGAAAACAACGAUUUUGCUGUAACCUUCGUUCUUCCGAAUAACCUCUUGCGAGGUGGGAUGGGGAGACUUGAUAACCUAUGUCCACUGACCUUUGCUUGCCAGCUCGCAUAUGUCCUCGAGUGUAGCACGAACUCAACUGACCCGCCAACUUUGUUUGUGCACGCUAGAUACCGGAAAGAUUCGCGGCAAGCUGCUCGGUAUCGUCACUGCUCGUGACGUGCAAUUCCGCCGACCAGACGUGUCGGUGACGGAAGUCAUGACUGUCGAUCUGGUCACGGCUCGGCAGGGCAUCACCUUAGAGGAGGCCAACACCAUCCUGCGCGAUUCCAAAAAAGGAAAGCUUCCAAUCUUGGACGAGGCUGGCAACCUCGUCUCUUUACUCGCCAGAUCCGAUCUUCUCAAGAACCAAAAUUUCCCAUUGGCUUCUAAGAGGCCCGAGUCCAAGCAGCUGUACUGCGCUGCUGCCGUAGGCACCAGACCCUCUGACCGGGAACGUUUGGCACUCCUUGUCGAUGCUGGCUUGGAUGUGGUCAUCCUCGACUCAUCUCAAGGAAACAGUAUGUUCCAAGUAGAGAUGAUCCGCUGGAUCAAGAGCACCUACCCGCACAUUGACGUCAUCGCGGGCAAUGUCGUCACGAGAGAGCAAGCUGCAACUCUGAUCGCUGCUGGUGCCGACGGUCUCAGAGUGGGCAUGGGCAGCGGUUCCAUCUGCAUCACUCAGGAAGUCAUGGCGGUGGGUCGACCUCAAGGAACAGCAGUGCACGCUGUUGCCGAAUUCGCAAACAGGUUUGGUGUGCCGGUCAUUGCUGACGGAGGCAUCAGCAACGUGGGCCACAUUGCGAAAGCCUUGUCCCUAGGUGCCUCGGCCAUCAUGGCUGGAGGUUUGUUUGCUGGAACGACGGAAGCGCCAGGAGAUUACGUGUACAGAGACGGCAAAAGGUUCAAGGCGUACUCUGGCAUGGGGUCCCUCACCUCCAUGGCUCGCAAGACGAACAAGAUUUCGGGAGAGAAUGCGGCUACGCAGAGGUACUUCUCGGAAGAGGAUACGGUCAAGGUGGCACAAGGCGUUACGGGCCAAGUGACGGAUAAAGGUAGCGUGCUGCCUUUUAUCAAUUACCUCUACACUGCCUUGCAACACAGUUUCCAGGAUAUGGGAGUGCAGAGCUUGGAGCAGCUGAGGAACAACGUCAAGGUGGGAACGCUCAGGUUCGAACUUCGGACCGCUAGUGCUCAGCUCGAGGGUGGUGUGCACGGUCUGAGCUCGUACGAAAAGACGCUAUACAAGUGA